AUUUCACUUAAAGCAGACUAGAAUCUUCUUUGAACAAGCGAAAGAAGUCAUAUACACCUUACCACUAAACUAGAUUUGUUUGGUUAAGGUACACACCACUUCCAAUUGAAAAAGAAGUUCCCUUCUUAAACUUGUAGGAAAUAACGUAUGUAAGUCCAGCACUCUCUUCAUUCUAUCUGUUAGUCUAGUUGGUAGCAAUCUAAGGAUUUUCAGCUCUUCAAAGGUAGGUUAAUCAGUCUAUCCCCAUUCCCGUAUCGGCUAAGGCUUCCCUUUCUUCCUUGCGUCGAUUAGGGUCCCUGCCCUCCAUUCUCUCUCAGCUUCCUCUGCUUGCUUUCAUGUAGUUUCUUUUUUCGUAGGUAAAUUCGUUUCUUCCGGCUAGACUUUCUUCUUGACUUUUCUCUAUUCGUUGAGGUACUUUUCACUCUUUUUAGGAUGAAAGAAGUCCUUCUUUCCAGUCCGCUAGCAGUCCAUACCUAACAGUCUUCGAAGCCGUAUCAGGGCCAAUUCCCUUUCUUUGAGAUUAAGACUCUGGUGAGAGGGAGCCCCAUUCCCGAUCGUCUUUAUCGGAGAAGCCUUUGAGAAAUUGUCCUAUUUCCUUACCUGCUGUCCGGGGUCAAUUCCUUUGUAUCGAGGGGCUUUCCUUCCUAGGUCUAUUCCUUCUCUCCACUUAUUCGGUAUGUCCGCCCAGUCGUCAAAGCUUUUCCUUUCCUUUUAACUAAGCCUUCCCGCUCUACUGGAAACUAUCCUCUAUCAGAAAGUCUCGUAAUCAACUUUCUUUUUUUUUACUUGAUCAAUCGGAAAGAAGAAGGCAGAGGUAAACUCCCCAACUCGAUCAAUGGGUGCUCAUUGGUCUUCUUGAAACUCCCCAACUGCCGCAGCUUUCGAUUGGGGGAGCCUCGAGCAUCCAGUAUAUGACAUUAAGGAGUAUUCCUCCAUGGAGUAGUCCACUCAUAGAACAAGCAUGUAAGCGAAGCAAGAAAAAGGCUUUCCAUUUUUCAGAUCUCUCAUCUGGUCAACAGUACACAUUCUUUUAUUCAACAAAUACAUCCCAUGCCUGGAACGAGUUCAAGGAGGAGGGGGGUCAGGGGGGGCACAUGAAGGAGCUGCACGUAAAUCCGGUUGCUUGUUCGGUGUGGUACCAAAUCAAUAUCUCCUUUCUCUAGUUGGUCAAGGGUACACACUUCUCUUUUUCUAAUUUAUGUAUUCCAUUCCCGGUGAUCCUGUCCCGCUAAACACAAAUCUUUCUUUUCAUUUUAUUUCGUUAAUUCUUGAUAUUGAUAAGAACUAAGAAGUAAAGUUUCAUUCAAAUUAAUCACUUUGACUAACAGUUUUUACAUAUAUUAUAAGUAAAAAAGCAGUAGGAACUAGAAUGAACAGUGCAGUAGCAAUAAAUGCGAGAAUAUUUACUUCCAUAAUCUCAUCGUUUCGUUUUUCUUUACUUCACAAUAAUUCGGGAUUUAAUCCCAUAAGAGAUGAUAAAUCUUUCGCCUCUAAAUUCAAUGGGAUGAAUUCCAUCUCGAUGAUAUCGAAUCAGAUCAAUAUCAUGAAUAAAAAUAUCUGAACUCUCAAAUCGUCGAGAAUUGAAUAGUAGUGGAGGAAAGGAGGAAAGCAGCUUCAAAAGGGCAAGAGUUUUUGCUGAUAGACGAUUCCUGAUCUUGGAAAGAACAUCUUCAAACAUGUGUUUUGUAACUCUACCUGUAACAAGAUGGACUCCCAAAUAUUUCCCCAGGGUAAAAGCUAUGUUUAACUGAGGCGUCUCUUCGGCGAGAUAAAAGCCUUUGCUUUUUGGACAUUAAUACCCGAGUAACGACAAAAAUCAUUCAACGUAACAUUGAUAACUCUAGCCUGAGCCACUGUAGCUUCCGAGAAAAGGAUAACAUCAUCAGCAAAAAAGAGGUGUGAGAGCGCAGGUCCAGUAGGAGAGGUCUUCACAGGUUUCCAUUUUCAUUACGAUUAACCUUCCUCUCAAUUAAAAGAGAGAGCUUCCCCAUACAUAAGACAAAUAAGGAGAUAAUGGAUCACCCUGUCGGAGACCCCGUUUAGGCUGAAAGGAGGAAAGCCUUUGACCAUUCCACACAAUAGAUAAAGAGGACUGGGAAACACAAUUCAUAAUGAGCUCUACGCAUUUAUCCGGAAAGCCAAAAUCUCGGGGAGUAUUAGUGAGUCCAAUCUACUCUGUCAUACGCCUUAGCAAGAUCCAUUUUUAUAGUCAUACCUCCUUGUCUAGAAGAAGUGCGACGGAUCGAAUAAAGUAAUUCCUGAGCAAUGAUGACAUUAUCAGAAGCCAGGGAUGAAACUAGCCUGAACGGGACUAACAAUCUCAUCAAGGUCUUAAAUUAAACGGUUCAUGGUGAGAAUUUUAUAAGCCACAUUACAUAAGCUGAUAGGACGAAAAUGAGCUGCUGUAGUGGGGUGAGUUUCUUUCGGAAUAAGAACAAUAAGAGUAUUCUCCAAUUCUAUAGGAAAGGUCCCUGACUCAAAUGCAGAACAUACAAGAUCGAAAAUUGUGUCACCUACAAUAUCCCAAUAUUUUUGGAAAAAGACGGGUUGGAGCCCAUCCGGUUCAGGGGCUUUAUACGGUUUCAUUGCCUGAAUAGCAGCAUAAACUUCUUACUUUGAGACAGGAGCAAUAAGCAAAUCAGCUUGAGCACUAGAAAUACAAGGAUGGUUAUCAAGAGGAGGGUGAUGAGCAGGAAUAGACUCCACUGAACAGAAAAGAGAUUGAAAAUGCCUGAAAAUUUAUCCUUUAACAAUAUCAUCAUCAGAACCCCAUUCCCCAUUCUCAAGUCUCAAUCUUUGAAUUCUGUUUCUCUGCCUUCUGCACACCGUAGUCGCAUGAAAAAAUCGAGUUCCUUUGUCUCCAAGAAGGGCACCGUUUGGUCUAGAAGCAAAAACAUAAGAAGAGUGGAUAAGAAGAAGAAAAAGAAGAAACCGGGCUAAGAAGAGAAAGGGGAAGUUCUUCCGAUAACGGGAUUGAGAGCGCUGUGAGAGCGCAAGAGCUGUGUGAUAGGCAAAGGACUCCACCAAGAGAGGAUUGGAGGAAAGUAACCUACAACCUACCAUUCGGAUUGGCAAUAGAGCACGCUUUCAGCCUAGUAGACAACUAAGCAGGAGGAAGGGGAAGUCUUACAAGCAACCUAAUUCCUAUGUUAUAGCCUUCGUUCCCUGGUCUAUCGGUGUGCUCCGACAGUGACGAGUUCGAGGAGUGAACCCGAGAUAUCUGGUUCAGAAGGUUGCCAAUGGGGCUAGUGGCGUCCCCGCCCCGCCUCAUGAAAGGGAAGCGAUAUCAUUUGGUCGACCAGUCAAUAAGAGGGAAAGCACGAACUAGGAUCGACCUGCAUGUGAGGCAGCGAGUGAGAUCCCGAAGAGUUCCGAAAAAGGGUUAGGAGAGUUUGAAGAUCUAGAGCGAAGCGAAAGGCCAACCCCGCGGGAAGGAAGUCAGAAGAGAAGGAAGAGACUUUUUACAAAUUACAAAGAUGAAGACCUAGAGCUAGAGCUUGUUGAGAAAGUCGCUUUAAAGAUGGUCACCCUUUCCUAUGGGAAGUAAGGAAGUUUCAAGCGAUAGCAAAGGCCUUACCUUAGGGAAUAGGAUCUCUUUCUACGUUUACUGAUGCGUCUUCGGAUGCUUUUGCAAGAGCGUUUGCUUUAGCGUCUGCGGCUCGUAAACCGAGUGCUUCAGCUUCGUGGGAUUUGGAUAAGCGCCUGUACACUGUCCUAGGUUGGGUGUGCCAUCAAAGGAGAGCCCUUGGGUAUAGUAUCGUAAUUUUGGUUGUCACCCUCAUAAACCCGCUUUCUCCACUUGAAGUGGUUGACUGGGAAAAGACCAACAACGGAACUCCUUGUUUGUUGUGUUCUCGCAGGGGAAAAUUUAUUAUACUUCAUACCGAAACAAAAGACAAUAAGAGGCUGGUGAAGGGGUGGCUGGUCCGAUCUGGGAAUAGUCCCAACCCUUCCUUUCAAAGGGUUUCCAAGCAAGUCUGUAGAGGCCAGGGAAUCAGAUUCAAAUGAUGGACAAAGUCAAUGCUUUGUCUUUAUCUUCUUUUUGACGAGACAACGGGAUUUAAGCUUCAAAACCUGCGUUUGGGGUCCCGAUAAGGUAAUCACCUAUAAAUUCUUCUAAUCGUGAGAUUCUUUUAGCUGAGAUCUCAGUCUAUCUUUGCAUCUCUUGAGUAUGUAAGGGCUAAUGGAGUGAGUUCAUUGAUGUAGAGAAGAUGGGAGAAAUUCGGUAGAAGGCAAAAAAAUAGAAAGAUCUUCUUACCAGGAGUCAGAUUCAAGUGAUCCAAAGACUAGGGAAUGCCCGUCCUUAGUAGGAUUUCCAGUAGUCGGUUUUAGGUUGGGGUGCUAAUAGUAGCAUAGUUGCUUAGUCACCUUCCUCUUACGUAUUACUAUCUAGGGGCUUUUAAGCUGGUGUCUUUACUUAUGUCAUUAGCAAGGUGUAAACUACUCGCUUGGUCGCUGAAAGCCCUUCCCUUCGAAGGAAAUGUACCUGUCCUAGCAAUCUCUGCAGCUCCUUCUUUUUCUUGCUGCUUGGGCCUUAGCCUUGAGUCAUUCCGCUAUCAUUCGAAAUGGUCUAUGUCGUAGAAGGUGAAAUCUCAUAGGCAGAUGUAGUCUGGUAAUCCAGAAGUGAUGCAUUUCUUUAUGAGGGAAACUGGCCCAUAGCCCUCUUCUUUUUAUUUUCAGCGAACCGCGCCCCAUUCUCACUGCCACAAGGCCCAGAGCCCAUUAUUCUAAAUCUAAAGCAGCCUAGCCAAGGCAGGCUUUCGAGCAGGCAGGACAGAUGCCGAUUCUACCUCUGCCAACUUCCUAUUUCUAGCAGGAUUUUCUCCAUCAACAUCCAAGGUUUGUCUUAGCAAGAUCCGGUCUAACUCUUUGAAAGAUGCAGGUUCAAUUCUUUCCUUAAUGGGCGAAUUAGCCACAGCACAGAGUAAAUACCCGAGCAAUGGAAUUGCUAUUGAAUACGUUGGACUGUGAACUCUUGUUUAAGAAGCUGGGAUCGGAACUUCUUCUUUCGCUUGUUCACGACUCUCCGAUGAAGGCUUUCAGGCCUAACCGCAGCUAUUUCUAGAGGAAGGAAAGAAGGGCUCAGCCAGACCCGGUUCAAUUCGUUUUUUGCGGGAAUACCUGGGCUGUCUUAUGGCAGCGAAAAGAAAGGUUAUUACGAAUCGGCUCUUCCUUCUUAGAGAGAUUAGCACUAGGAGUUUCUCACCCUAGCCGGAAUUAGUGAAGAACAAGAAGAAGCUCUUGCCACUGUCGGCAUAACUGCUUUUGGUGGUAAGGACAUGGCUUAAGGAAGUUUUUUGUAAGGGCAUCGCCCGAAAGCAAAGCGCUUAGGAAGGACAGAUGAAUUGACUCGAUCAAAAACCAUAAAUGGGGCUAGUGCUUUCCCACCCACCGAAAUCAUUCCUGCUAGAAAUAGAUUAAGAGAAGACAGACGGUACCUUUCCUAAAGCCAUGGUUCGGCACCUUCUAUACAACUAGAAGCUAGAGAGCUUUAACCGAAAGGAGAACAAGCUGUUCACGGCUCGUGUCAUAGCUGUUCAAUCAAAAAGAGUCAGAAUGACCGAUUAGAGUACUGACAAGGAUACAUGAGGGCUGAUGGGCCCCAUUCUUUAUGCUGCUAACUCUCAGUUUGGUCCUACUUCUGGUUUAUUUUGUUACUAAAAAGGGAGGAGGAAACUCAGUACCAAAUGCUUGGCAAUCCGGUGGGGGUGAAGGGGAGGGUAAACCGAGGCAAAGUCGUUUAUGAUUGAAUCUCAGAGGCAUUCUUAUCAUUUGGUAGAUCCAAGUCCAUGGCCUAUUUCGGGUUCACUCGGAGCUUUGGCAACCACCGUUGGAGGUGUGAUGUACAUGCACUCAUUUCAAGGGGGUGCAACACUUCUCAGUUUGGGCCUCCUAUUUAUCCUAUAUACUAUGUUUGUAUGGUGGCGCGAUGUUCUACGUGAGUCCACGUUGGAAGGACAUCAUACCAAAGUCGUACAAUUAGGACUUCGAUAUGGUUUUAUUCUGUUCAUCGUAUCGGAGGUUAUGUUCUUUUUUGCUUUUUUUUGGGCUUUUUUUCAUUCUUCUUUGGCGCCUACGGUAGAGAUCGGAGGUAUUUGGCCCCCAAAAGGGAUUGGGGUUUUAGAUCCUUGGGAAAUCCCUUUUCUUAAUACCCUUAUUCUCCUUUCAUCCGGAGCUGCCGUAACUUGGGCUCAUCAUGCUAUACUCGCGGGGAAGGAAAAACGAGCAGUUUAUGCUUUAGCAGCUACCGUUUUACUGGCUCUAGUAUUCACUGGCUUUCAAGGAAUGGAAUAUUAUCAAGCACCCUUCACUAUUUCGGAUAGUAUUUAUGGUUCUACCUUUUUCUUAGCAACUGGCUUUCAUGGUUUUCAUGUGAUUAUAGGUACUCUUUUCUUGAUCAUAUGUGGUAUUCGCCAAUAUCUUGGUCAUCUGACCAAGGAGCAUCACGUUGGCUUUGAAGCAGCUGCAUGGUACUGGCAUUUUGUAGACGUGGUUUGGUUAUUCCUAUUUGUUUCUAUCUAUUGGUGGGGGGGUAUAUGAAGGAACGAAAGAGUGGAUUGAGGAAUGAAAGCUCGAAGACAAAGAGAAUCGGGCUUUUCCAAAGAAUUACUGCAGCUUUGCUGCUCCCUUUGAUUAUCAUAUACAAAAAAGUCUCUUCCACUUUCCUACCCAAUCUCUCUUUAUUCUGGCAUAUAAAUGAAGGGAUCGAAGAGAUUAUGGCAGAUUAUGUUCACCAAGAAAUGACCCGAAAUUGGAUCUUGGUCUAUUUGAGAUUGUUCCUUUUAAUCGUAAUCAAAGAUGUUUUCUUGUCUUUCGUUUCUUUUCUGAACAAAUCGAAGAACCUAAUGGAUUCAGA